GUGAUCAGACCGAGGGAGAGAUCAGCACAGACCAUCACCGCGCAAACACACCACGCUCGUGAAUUUUUGCAUGUCAGGAACGGAGGAUCCUGUCGCCGGUCAUCGGCCGUUUUCCAUCUUGCGUUUAUAACACAUCAAAUCGGCGGCAUGUGGAAUUGUAUCAGGAUUAGGAAUUGGCUCCCAAUCGCGUGCCUGCUGUUAACGAUGUGGACGAAGGUGUCCCAGUCCUCUGGCUAUUUUGAGCUGCAGCUGAUUGCUGUAGAAAAUGUAAACGGUGAGUUGUGGGACGGGGAAUGUUGCGACAGCACGCGGAACUCUCAAGACCAGCGCUGCGUGCGGGACGAGUGCGAUACUUACUUUAAAGUGUGUCUGAAGGAGUACCAGUCUGAAGUCACCACCACUGGACAGUGCACCUUCGGCUCUGGAUCUACCGACGUUCUUGGUGGAAAUAUAAUUUCUUUUAAGACCGCAAAAAACAGCCCCAGCAAAACGAGCGACGUGGGAAAGAUCAUCAUCCCUUUUCACUUCGCCUGGCCGCGAUCCUACACACUCAUCCUUGAAGCUUGGGACUGGGAUAACUCCACUCAGAACAAUGGUGAAGAAAAUUUGAUCGAACGGCACAUUCACGCAAGCAUGGUAAACCCCGGCGACCACUGGCAGUCCAUCCGGCACCCUGGCAUCACGGCCCACAUUGAGUACCGCAUCCGUGUCAGGUGUGAUGAGAAUUACUAUGGGAGUAAGUGCAACAAACAGUGUCGCCCACGAGAUGACUACUUCGGUCAUUACCGAUGCGAUCCAUCUGGAAAUAUUGUGUGUCUUGAUGGCUGGAUGGGAGAGGACUGUCGGACAGCGAUCUGCAAGCAGGGCUGUAAUCUGAUUCACGGAGGCUGUGCGGUGCCUGGAGAAUGCAAGUGCAACUACGGCUGGCAGGGGCAGUUCUGCGACGAGUGUCUACCUUAUCCUGGCUGUUUGCACGGUACCUGUGUUAUGCCCUGGCAAUGCACUUGUGAGAAGAACUGGGGCGGCCUCCUCUGCGAUAAAGAUCUGAACUACUGCGGCACGCAUCAUCCUUGUGUCAAUGGUGGAACCUGCAUGAACUCUGAACCGGAUGAAUAUAACUGUGCCUGUCCCGAAGGCUACUCUGGCAAGAACUGUGAGAUAGCUGAACAUGCAUGCGUAUCAAACCCCUGUGCAAACGGAGGCACGUGUCAUGAAGUCCCGACCGGAUUCGAGUGCCACUGUCCACCAGGCUGGGAGGGUCCCACUUGCGCUAAAGACAUGGAUGAAUGUGCCUCCAGCCCGUGUGCGCAAGGCGGAACAUGUAUCGACCUGGAAAAUGGCUUUGAGUGUGUCUGUCCUCCGCAGUGGGUUGGAAAGACCUGUCAGAUCGAUGCAAAUGAGUGUAUGGGGAAGCCUUGCGUAAAUGCUCACUCUUGCAAAAACAUGAUUGGUGGAUAUCACUGUGACUGCUUUCAAGGAUGGGCCGGACAGAACUGUGACAUCAAUCUCAAUGGCUGCCAUGGACAGUGCCAGAAUGGAGCUACUUGCAAGGAGCUGGUUCAUGGAGGUUACCACUGUCAGUGUCCUGCGGGGUUUGUGGGCUUACACUGUGAAGUCUCAAGGAAUAAAUGUGCCAGCGGUCCAUGUCAGAAUGGUGGCCGCUGCCAUGUCAUUCUGGACAGCUUCGUUUGUGAGUGUCCGUCAAACUACGCAGGGAUGCUCUGUGAGGUGGAGAGUCUGUCUCACCCAAACCCAUGUGAGCCGAACCCUUGUCAGAAUACAGCUUUGUGCUACAGUCUGCCGGGUGACUUUUACUGCGCCUGUCCUGAAGACUAUGAGGGCAAGACCUGCGAAAACCGCAAGGACCACUGCAAGAUGACCCCUUGCCAAGUGAUCGAUAGCUGUACCAUUGCUGUGGCGAGUAACAGUUCAGAUGGAGGCGUGAGACACAUUAACUCUAAUGUUUGUGGUCCUCAUGGCCGCUGUAUCAGUCAGCCGGGUGGAAAUUUCACCUGCACCUGUGAGCUUGGCUUUACAGGAACCUACUGUCACGAGAAUGUAAAUGACUGUGUGAGCAAUCCGUGUCGAAAUGGAGGCACCUGUAUUGACGGGAUCAGCUCUUUCCAGUGCUUCUGUCCAGAUGGCUGGGAAGGAGACCUUUGCAGCAUCAAUGUGAACGAGUGCAGUCGGAGCCCCUGCAAAAAUGGCGGGCACUGUGUGGAUCUGGUCAAUGACUUUUACUGUGAAUGUGCCAAUGGCUGGAAGGGAAAGACCUGCCAUUCACGUGAAAGUCAGUGUGACUCCUCCACAUGCAGUAAUGGAGGAACCUGCUAUGAUCACGGAGAUGCUUUCCGCUGUGCUUGUCCUCCAGGAUGGGAAGGAAGUACAUGCAAUACAGCGAAGAACAGCACUUGCGCGUCCGGCCCCUGUCUGAAUGGAGGCACGUGUGUGGGUGGCGGAGACACGUUCACCUGCAUCUGUAAAGACGGCUGGGAGGGAGCCACCUGCGCCCAGAACACCAACGACUGCAACCCUCACCCCUGUUACAAUGGAGGAAUCUGUGUGGAUGGGGUGAACUGGUUCCGCUGUGAAUGUGCUCCUGGAUUUGCAGGACCCGACUGCCGUAUCAACAUCGAUGAGUGCCAGUCAUCCCCCUGCGCCUAUGGUGCCACCUGUGUGGAUGAGAUCAAUGGUUUCCGGUGUGUUUGCCCACUCGGUCGCACUGGACCUCAAUGCCAAGAGUUUAUUGGCAUUGGGAAGACGUGCCACUAUGCUGGACUUCAGUUCCCACAUGGCAGCCGCUGGGAGGAAGAAUGCAACACUUGUCAGUGCGUCAACGGCAAGGUGGAGUGCACCAAGGUGGUCUGUGGUCGGAAGCCAUGCCUUCUGCCAGGGACCCCAGGGCGAGAGCUUCACUACUGUCCAGGAGGUCGUGAAUGCCUGGAGCACAACUUCCUGACAUGCCUCUCACCCCCUUGUCACCAAUGGGGGUUUUGUUCAAGCCCUGAGACCCCCCCAACCCUCCAAACCAAAUGCGAGCCCAACUCGGUCUAUCUGGACAAGAGCUGUGCUCGCAUCACCCUUAUUUUCAACAGGGACAAACUACCCACAGGAACGACGGUGGAGAAUGUCUGCUCGGAGCUGAGGUAUAUGCCUGCCACGCGGAGCCUGGCAAAGGAUCAUAAGCUGUUGGUUCUGUGUGACCUCUCCUACAAAAACCAGGACGCCGUAGAGGUAGCCAUUUCGUUCCAGCAGGAUGAGCAGCCCAGUCACAGUCAAAUCCAGGAGGCUGCGAGUACCAUCGUCAGCACACUGUCCAAGCGGCACAACAGCACCGUCAUGCUUGCCGUCAUCGAGGUCAAAGUGGAGAUGCCGGUCACGUCUCAGCCAGUGGAUUACCUGGUACCUGUGUUGUGCGUCGUCUUAUGCGUCCUCUGGGUCUUCUGCGUCAUCGUCUGUGUAUGGUGGACCCGCAAGCGGAGAAAAGAGCGCGAGAGAUGUGAGCGCGUUCCAGUGGAGGAGAGUGUCAACAACCAGUGGGAACCGCUGAGGCCUGUGACGCGGCCGCAGCACAAGGACAACCGGGACGCGCAGUUUGAGCGCACCAAACUCAUGGGCUCCCCAGACCGAACCUGCAACAGCGGGGACGACGAGGAGGACAUGGAGGAGGAUGAGCUGGAGCUGGUGGAAGAAUGGUGCGGGACGGAAGGAGGCAAGCAUCCCGUCCAAAAGUACUCUAAAUCUGCAGCGCGGACCAAGAAUGGGCUGAUCUGCACCACGAGGAGCACCAGCGGCAGCAGUAGCCCUUCACUCAAAGCAGCCUACUGGACAGGCUUCAGCCCAAAGGACAACAACUGUAAAAAUGUCAAUAAUGCCACCGCCGGCCAAGAGCACAAAGAACACUGCGUAUGAGCUCCGAUGAGCAGGACGAGGAGACCAAGGCCAUCUCAGAAACCAAGACUGAGUUUGUUUUUUUUCCCCCAUGUGUUGUUUUAUUUUUGACUCUUUGGAGCGUUUUGAAGCUGAAAAAGUGGCAAAUUUCUUUCCCUUUUUUUUAUGUACAGAGGAAGCAGACUGUAUUUGUUUAUAAGGAGGCAUCGAGAAGCCUCGUUUUUGUUUUCGGGAAGAAAAAAAAACUAAACUGCUGGAAUGGAAGCAAGACUAAGGAACUUGCGAAUUUUAUGUUGUUGUUUACAAACAUUUGUGCUUUUGAUUUCGUUUCGAGUGGCCCAACUUCGGUGCAGACCACGUGGGGACAAGCGUUCAUCUGUUCUCCUUCCGCGCCUGCCUUACAGAGCUCGACGUUCACGAGGAGGGCUAGAGUGCCUAUAAAGUGGCCUUGUUUUUUUUUCUGCCGACUUGGCUGAACGCUCUUUAAACAAACGGAUUGCAGUAUUUUGAGUCGUUCGCAAGUGCCUUCAGACAAGCCCCUCGGUUUCAGGGUCUCCAGCCCCGGUAGAUCACGAAAAACACACACACGCACACACACAAAAAAUAGGUGGAGAGGCUGGUCCCAAAAGCAGCUCCCAUAUAACCAUCAAGGUAUUUGUUUAAAGACGAGAUCUGUAAAUACGUGUAAAUAAUAAAGGAGUCGCUGUGUAUAUUUGAAUUUAGUAACUUAAGUCACUUUUUUUAUUAUUAUAAUUAUUAUUAUUAUGAUUUAAAUAUUAUGAUUAUUAUUGUUUUUUAUUUUUAUUUUCCACCAUUCCUUUUUAUUUAUGCCAGUUGUCAUGGCAGGUUUUGUAAGAUAUACAGCGUCCCGCAGUCAGAGCAGAAAUAUAAUCAGAGAUCAUCCUAUUAUGUUGUUGUUUUAUUUUUGUUUUUCCACUAGACACCUAUACGAUCGUGUGCUGUAUUGUGGCGUGUGUGUUCGCCUCCUUGAAGACCCACAAUCCCUUCCCUUACCAGUCCUCCUGUUGCUGAUCAUAAAACCGAGACCUGCCGGUUCAUGCUUGUUGCUUGUAAAGAUGCUGAUAUGUCAAAAUGAUGACUUCCAAAUGCUUUCUGUUUGCUUGUUUGUGUUUGUUUGGAUCGAAACUUUCAUGAAGGGAACAAUUAUGUUGUCAAGCAUUUGUACUCGAGGUACCAGUUCAAAGAAGUGGAUUAUCUCUGAAACGGCUGGCUAUGAUUUGAUUUUGUUCAUCAUGAUGUUCAAUAUAAGACUCCUAGGAAGAUGCUAAAAGUUCAAACUGUUUUGAUUGGUUCAAAAAUCAGGUUAACGCAAACUAGUAGAAAUUAAGCUCAAUGUUAAGUCCGUUAUGGAAGGGAAACUGAGUGGAGCUGGAGAGGAGAAUUUUCUUUGUUUUGUUUUAUUUCUUUUUUAAAGAUGUAAUUUUUUUGUACAGAAGAAUUGCUCUGAAAAAAGUUCAUUUAGUGGAAUUUAUGUUUGUUCUUAGAAAUAAAUCAAACUAUUUAUUAAAGCAUUUUAUAACAAUG